AUGUCGAAUUACAUCAAGCUAGCAAUUGGUGUUAAUAGAGAAAGAAGGGCUUUUUUUGCACAAACCGAUUCAGAUUUAAUUGUGCAAAUUAAUGUUCAACACAAUGGUGAUCUACAAACACAACUACUCGAAGAUAAUUUCAUCUCUCCCGGAUGGAAAUUAACACAAUACCACGAUUUAGGUCCCCAAACUACCAUAAGUAGCUUUCGACAAUCAUUUGAUUUCAAUUAUCUUUAUGAAAUUAGAGCUAUGAGAAAAAUAGUAUACCUGUUAUUUAAUAAAAGUUUGGUAAACAAAAUAUUACAAGAAUGGAGAAAUAUCUCGUGGAAAGAAAAAAUAUUGCUAACAAUAUGCACAAUUUUUGAUGCCACGGGAAUAGCAGAUGAUAUGCAUGCAUUUGUCGAUAAUUUGAAAUCUAAAACAAAGAAAAACG